AUGGACCAACAAACCACCGUUGUAACGACGACAACGAGCACGAACGUUUGUAGUUUGCAAAGUAGUCAGCAAGAUACGAUUGUUGAGUCAACGUGUGCCGCAGCCUUAAUUGCCAGUAAUAAUAGUAAUAGUAAUAGCGGUGUGGGAGUUGUUUCCGCAGCAAUUUCAGCGGGCGCCAUACCAUCGACGGAAAUCGCAGCGAGCGUUGUAGCGGCAGCUGUAGCAACAGGCGGCGCGGGAGUCCUGAAGAAUAUCCUGAAGACAUCGGUGCCUGCAACGAGUCCUGCAACGAGUGUCAGCAAUCCUCCCGGGAAGAUCUUUGGGCGAAAUAAUAACGGAACAAUGGUUGUUACUUCAACUCCAUCGAACGAAGCUGAGCUCCAACUUUACCGCGUCUUGCAAAAAGCUUCGUUACUCGCGUAUUACGACACUUUGCUCGAGAUGGGCGGCGACGAUGUUCAACAACUUUGCGAUGCGGGCGAAGAAGAAUUCCUCGAAAUUAUGGCGCUCGUUGGAAUGGCUUCGAAACCUUUGCAUGUUCGUCGUCUCCAAAAAGCCCUUCACGAGUACAUGACAAACCCCGCGGCAUUUCAAACGCCCUUGCCAAAUAUCGAUAAACCACGAGCGACUUACAGCCCCGAGCCGAGCACAAUUUUACCGAAAUCUACUUUUGUUGGUAGUCAAAAUUACGCCCCCAGUCCAACGUCGAGUACAACGCCCUCUACGGCAUCGUCGCUAAGUAAUCUCGCGUCAAAUUUGCAACAAGUGUCAACGAACACGCUUCAGCUGACGCCAUCGCUGACAGAAAUGCAAGUCAAGAGGAUCAUGGAUGCUGCUGAAAGAUUGUCGCGAACACUUCCGCAAUUGGAGCCUCGUCCUCAAAGUAGCAAGAAAAAAAGUACGAGAGAUUUGGAGUUGGUUAUUUUGAUGGAUGAGAAUGAUCCGCAAAGGAUGGAGGAAAUUCGAAAAUAUUCCGCGAUUUAUGGGAGAUUUGAUUGUAAGCGAAAGCCUGAGAAACCACUAACGUUGCAUGAGGUUUGUGUUAAUGAGGCUGCCGCGCAAAUUUGUAAAUAUAUUCCGGCGCUCCUUACGAGACGCGAUGAACUUUUUCCUUUAGCUCGACAAGUUGUGCGUGAUGCGGGAUUUGGACAUUCGACAAGUAUUCGAUUGGCUGCCUUGAGCAAUAACCAAUCAUCGACGCCAACACGCCCCGAAGACAGAGACCCAAAACGCACCCGAUUAUCCAGUGAUACAAGUUCCGACAUGGGAAAGGACUACUCAGAUGACAUCAGAGACACACCUUUUUCAAUGUAUCAACGAUUUGAUCGCCCCUUUGAUUUGUCGGAUGCUUCAAAGUUCGGAUACUCGAGAUCAGAAUUUGACGAUACGGAUUCGCGUUUUUCGUUCAGCAAUUCGAGUUCGUCACCGAUGCAAACGAGCAACAAUGGAAUUGAUCGUGAAUCCGCCGAAGCUGACGUCUUGGAAACGCACAUUAAGGAAGAAACGAGAUCAAAAUCCGCUGAUAUUUUGAAUCCAUUGGGAGUGCAAGUCAUUUCGUCGUCUGGAGGACACAUAAUUGCCGUCGCAAAUCCAGCACUUGCCUUAAGUCCUGCAUUAGCGGAUGUUUUACCUGUGAAGCGGGAAGUUAUUUCGCCGGAAUUGAACUGA